AUGUCUUCUUUUACUUGUAACGUUUGCCAGAAAACUUUCGCGCACCGCACGUCUGUUUAUUCGCAUAAACAACGUACCCAUGCAGAAACGUUUUCUGUUCACUUACUUAGUGAAUUCAAGCAGGCCGUCAUCUUUCGCAGAUCCGAUGACGAGGGACUUUUCCAUUGUUGCUGUGGGAAGCGUUCUUGGAAAGAUCCAAAGACUUUGUCAAAACACGUGAAGACGUGUCCAGCUGUUUUCCACGCAGUACUUGACGGGUCUUUGGAAAUUGACGAGGAAAAUCCCGCGAUGUUGAGAAUUUUUCUUGACGCAAUCAAAGAAAAAGUCCAUUCCGAGCUUGGGCAAUCGUCUGCAAUGUCAAAAGAACUCGUUCUCAAGGCAUCUUCAGCUUCUUCGUUUACAAAUCCUGAAGCUAUCCCUUGCGAUUUUUCUGGGGACCAAGAUUGCUGGGACACCGAGCUGUGGAAUCCACAGCAAACAACAUUUGCUUCUCUUUUCCCCGACUACAGGGAAGUCAACGUGCCAUUGCCUCUGCUGAGUAAUGGCUUUUGUCUGCACUCCGUGUUGGAGGGCACGAUCAUCGUUUGCCUACGGUGCAAAACUGUAUUGGACGAAGAAAUGCUACUUCGUCAUAUCGAAACGGAGCACCCUCAGAUGGCAACUGAAUAUUCUGCCUUCUGUAAAGUGUUUUCCGAAACAAGGUUCUUGUGUCUUGACGAGAUUUUCAAUUACGUUGAUGACCUCAAAAAAAACGGACUUCAGUUUCCUGUGAUUCCCGGACUUGACGUUAUCAAGGAUUGCUACUACUACGAAAACGAAAUCUACAAAAGCAAGAAGGAUUUUGCCGAUCGUGUUCGUAGGCAGCAGAUUGGUUUGAUGUCAGCACUAUCGAAAACAAAAAAGGUUGACAUUCAAGUUCUCAACCUUGGAAUAAUGUCAAUAUUAGCAUUGGUAUUUUCUCGCAAGUUAGCAAGACACUUUCUCGACAGCUGUCUUCGUCCAUUUUUGAACAAGCACUCCCGGCUCCUUCUGCACCGUAAGCUGUGGUAA